CCACAGAUCGCAACACGUGGGCACGCAGCAAACAGAAUACAAUAAUAAGAAAAUACAACGAAAACAAUUUACUAGCAAGCAUUUCGCGUGACUAAAACGUGCAAAGUUUUCUGAUUAGUAUUGUUGUGCUUUCAUAUUAACAAACGGCGAAAAUGUCAAAUCGCGUGCUGGUUAUCGGUAGCGGUGGGCGUGAGCACGCCAUCUGUUGGAAGCUGGAGCAGUCGCCACUAGUGUCGCAAAUCUACGCUCUACCGGGCAGCUUUGGCAUUGGACAGUUGGGCGUAAAGUGCCAGAAUCUCGGCGCCGACGUACUAGAUGCGAAGGAUUUUGAGGCCAUUGCCAAGUGGUGCCAGCUGAACGAGAUCUCGCUGGUGGUGAUCGGGCCCGAAAAUCCGCUGGCUUUGGGCCUGGGCGAUGUGCUGCAGAAGGCGGGCAUCGCCUGCUUUGGGCCCGGCAAGCAGGGCGCCCAGAUCGAGGCGGAUAAGAAGUGGGCCAAAGAGUUUAUGCUGCGCCAUGGCAUACCGACGGCGCGCUACGAGAGCUUCACGGAUGUGAACAAGGCCAAAAAGUUCAUACGCAGCGCCCCGUAUGCCGCUCUGGUGGUGAAGGCCGCCGGCCUGGCUGCCGGCAAGGGCGUCGUGGUGGCCGCCAAUGUGGAGGAGGCCUGCCAGGCUGUGGAUGAGAUACUGGGCCAGCUGAUAUAUGGCCAGGCGGGCGCCACUCUCGUCGUGGAGGAGCUGCUCGAGGGCGAGGAGGUCUCUGUGCUGGCCUUUACCGAUGGCAAAACCAUUCAGGCCAUGCUGCCCGCCCAGGAUCACAAGCGUCUGGGCAACGGUGAUACGGGACCCAAUACUGGCGGCAUGGGCGCCUAUUGCCCCUGCCCCCUGAUCAGCAAACAGGCCCUGGAGCUGGUCCAGCGCGCUGUGCUGGAGCGGUCCAUCAAGGGACUGCAGCAGGAGCGCAUUGCCUAUCAGGGCGUCCUCUAUGCCGGUCUCAUGCUGACACCGGACGGUCCACGCGUACUCGAGUUCAACUGUCGCUUUGGGGAUCCCGAGACGCAAGUGAUACUUCCGCUCCUCGAAUCCGAUCUGUUCGAGGUGAUGCAGGCGUGCUGCCGGGGCCAGCUGGAGCAGCUCACCUUGCGUUGGCGCAGCGGCCUGAGUGCCGUCGGUGUGAUCAUGGCCAGCGCUGGAUAUCCGGAAUCAGCUACAAAGGGUUGCGUCAUAACAGGUCUGCCCGCUGCGAACACAGAGACUCAGCUGAUCUUCCACAGCGGCUUGACCGUCAAUGCCCAGCAGGAGCCGGUGACCAAUGGCGGCCGAGUGCUCAUCGCCAUUGCACUGGACCCGAGCCUCAGGCAGGCCGCUGAGCAGGCCACCAAGCUGGCGGAGAGCAUCAGUUUUGCUGGAGCUGGAGCACAAUAUCGCACGGAUAUAGCGCAGAAGGCGCUCAAAAUGGCGCCAGCUCCCUCGCUCAGCUACAAGGACAGCGGCGUGGACAUCGAUGCUGGCGAUGCUCUGGUGCAACGCAUCAAGCCCCUGUCGCGCGGCACCCAACGGCCCGGAGUCCUGGGUGGUCUGGGCGGCUUCGGUGGUCUAUUUCGCAUCAAGGAGCUGAACUACCGGCAGCCGGUCAUUGCGGAGGCCACUCAAGGUGUGGGCGCCAAAAUACAGCUGGCCCUGCAGCACGAGCUAUACGAUCACAUUGGCUACGAUCUCUUUGCCAUGUGUGCCAAUCAGCUGCUGGAGCUGGGCGCUGAGCCAGUUGCAUUCCUGGAUUACAUUGCCUGCGGCAAGCUGCAGGUGCCGCUCGCCGCACAGCUGGUCAAGGGCAUGGCCGAUGGCUGUCGGGAUGCCCGAUGCGCUCUAGUCGGUGGCGAAACCGCUGAGAUGCCCUCCCUGUAUGCAAUUGGACAAUACGACAUGGCUGGCUACUGUGUGGGUCUGGUGGAGGAGUCGCGCGUUCUGCCCCGCUUCGAUAGCUAUCAGGCUGGGGAUUUGCUUGUCGGUUUGCCCUCCUCGGGGCUCCACUGCGCCGGCUUCAAUGAGCUGCUCACUCAAUUGGCGGCGGCUGGCGUGAAUCUCAAGGAUCGCUCGCCAGUGGGCGGCGACAGUGGACUCAGCUUGGCUCAGGUGCUGGGCACGCCCACCCGACUCUAUGUGCAGCAGCUGUUGCCACAUCUGCAGGCUGGUGAGAUAAAGGGCGUGGCCCACGUGACCCACGGACUGCUGCACGACGUGGAGCGGCUGCUGCCCGCUGGCUACGAAGUGACUGUGGACUUUGGGGCUGUGCCCGUGCCCCAAGUGUUUGGCUGGCUGGCCGGACAGCUGCGGCUGACGGCGCAGACAUUGCUGGAGCGGCACAACUGUGGCAUCGGCAUGCUGCUGGUGCUGCCCCAGGCCAGCCGAUUGUGGCGCACAUCCCUGCCCGGCGCGAAGGUCCUGGGCAUUCUGCAGUCACGUGCGGCGGGCGCGACUGGAGCCAGGAUUCAAGUGCGCAACUUUGAGGAGCAGCUGGAGGAGUUGGCCCGGCCAUUUGGCGGCUUGGGCAGCAAUCAGUUGGCCUCGGAGGUUGUGGAGCUGACGGAGCCACUGCCCAGCACAGUGGUGCGCGAGGAUUGCUUUGAGAAUGCCAGCGGACGCCGUCUGACCCGCCUGCCCGCCCACUACACGGAUCCCAUCCUGAUCCUGGGCACCGACGGCGUCGGCACCAAGCUAAAGAUCGCCCAGCAGACGGGACGCAAUGGCAGCGUUGGCAUCGACCUGGUCGCCAUGUGCGUCAACGACAUCCUCUGCAAUGGCGCCGAGCCCUUCAGCUUCUCCAGCUACUACGCCUGCGGCAAGUGGCAGCCCCAACUGGCCGCCGAGGUGGCGGCGGGCGUGCAUGAAGGGGUGCGCCAGGCGAACAGCAGCUUUAUCGAUGCUCACUUGGCCGCCCUGCCGCUGCUGUACGAGCCGCAGGUCUACGAUCUGGCUGGCUUUGCGCUGGGCAUAGCAGAGGGAGGUGCGAUAUUGCCACGCCUGGACGAGAUUCAGCCGGGAGAUGUGCUCAUUGGAUUGCCCUCCUCGGGCGUGCACAGCAAUGGCUUCAGCCUGGUGCACACGGUGCUCAAGCGGGCGGGCUUGGGCCUGUCGGAUCGUGCUCCAUUCAGUGAGCGCACGCUGGGCGAGGAGCUGCUCGUGCCGACGCGCAUCUAUGUGCAGGCCCUGGCGCCGCUGCUCGCCCAGGCCGGCCAUGGCAUCAAGGCGCUGGCCCACAUCACUGGCGGCGGCCUGACCGAGAAUAUACCGCGUGUGCUGCGCAAGGAGCUGGCGGUGCGCCUCGAUGCGAAUCGCUUCCAGCUGCCGCCGGUGUUCGCCUGGCUGGCCCAGGCUGGGAAUAUCACGCCAGCCGAACUGCAGCGCACCUACAACUGCGGCCUGGGCCUGAUCCUGGUGGUGGCGCCACAGCAGGCGGAGCUGGUGAUGCAGCAGCUGCGCUACACGCAACGCGCCGUCGUGGUGGGCGAGGUCGUCGCCCGCAAGGAUGCCCGCAAGCCGCAGGUGUUGGUGCAGCAUUUCGACAGCCUGCUGGCGCGCAGUCAGCGGCUGCUGCUGGUGCCACGACGCCGCGUCGCUGUCCUCAUCUCGGGCACCGGCAGCAAUCUCCAGGCGCUGAUCGAUGCCUCGCGCGACUCUGCCCAGGCGCUGCACGCCGACAUUCGGCUGGUGAUUAGCAAUAAGCCGGGCGUCCUGGGUCUGGAGCGUGCCAGCCGGGCGGGCAUACCAUCGUUGGUCAUCUCCCAUAAGGAUUUCGCCAAGCGCGAGGAUUACGAUGCGGAGCUGACGCGUCACCUGGUCGCCGCACGCAUCGAUAUCGUUUGCCUGGCCGGCUUUAUGCGCGUCUUGAGCGCUCCCUUUGUGCGCCACUGGCGCGGACGUCUCAUCAAUAUCCAUCCGUCGCUGUUGCCCAAGUACCCGGGCCUGCAUGUCCAGCAGCAGGCGCUCGAAGCGGGCGAAUCCGAGUCCGGUUGCACCGUGCACUUUGUGGACGAGGGCGUCGACACGGGCGCCGUACUCCUCCAGGCCCCAGUGCCCAUCCUCAAGGGCGACACGGUCGAGAGCCUGACCGGGCGCAUUCACCAGGCCGAGCACUGGGCCUAUCCGCGCGCUCUAGCCUUGCUGGCCAACGGUUCGCUUGCCCUGAAUGCGGAGGGCAAGUGCGUCUCGAAGAUCAACUAAAAUUGAAUAUAGGGAAUGGGGGAAAUUCCUCAAGUUAGACAACAUCCAUUUGCAUGGUAUACGAUAUUAUAAUACAUAUAUGUAAGUACUAUAUAUUUACGUUUUUAAUAAACUGUUUGUUAAACAAC